UACUAAGAGCAGAUGAUUUACCAUGUGAAAAAAAUCUGUGAUUAUCGAGGGAGGAUAAGAGAGAGCGAUGCCAGUGGCUGUCCGACCGCCUGCGACCCGCCACACGGACCCCAGACGUCGGCCGCGAGGAGCGCGCUUUUCGCUGGCGAUUGCACAACCUUGUACGUGAACUCGGGCUAUGAUGGAACUCUGGAGAGCGUGGUUCCUGGCGGCGACGCUGACGGCGGCGACGGCGGCCUCGACUGCCCAGCGGCCGCCCAACAUCCUGGUCAUGCUCGCCGACGACCUCGGGAUAGGCGACCUUGGCUGCUACGGAAACGACACGAUCAGAACGCCGCAUAUCGACAAAUUAGCUUCUCAAGGAGUGAAGUUGACGCACCACUUGGCCGCCGCUGCCCUCUGCACCCCAAGCCGGGCGGCGAUGCUAACCGGGCGCUACCCAUUCCGAUACGGGUUGGUGGGCGACGACGCACAGAAAGCGGCGCCUGUGCUCCUCCACGCGGCCAGCCGAGCGCACCUUCCCCUCGACGAAGUGACCCUCGCCAGCGCGCUCUCGGCCGCUAACUACUCCACGGCCCUCAUCGGCAAAUGGCACUUGGGCAUCCAGUGCGGCUUCCUGGGACGGAGUUGCCCUGGCCCGCUGAACCACGGCUUCGAUACCUUCUUCGGGAUCCCUGUCACUCUCUUCUAUGAGUUCCGAGGACCAUACCCCUUCUGGAAGUUCGACCUCAGCCAGCCCUCGUACCAGCGCUUGCUCGGAACGUGGGUGGUGGCGAUGGCGAGCAUUGCGCUGGGGAAAAAAUACCUUGGAUGGAGGCUUCGAACUGUUAUUCUCCUCCUGCUGCUGUCCAGUGACUUUUUCUUCCUCUACUGGUUCAAAGUCGCUCACAUUGGUAUCAAUAAGGAAUGUCUUUGGGGGGUAUCGCCGUGGAUGCACAGGGCGGCCAACUCCAUGAUCCUUCGGCAGGACAAGGUGGUGGAGCAGCCUAUCCAACUGGACGGGCUGUCGCAGCGGCUGGUCAAGGAGUCCCUGGAGUUCCUGGCCCAGCGCGCCGAGGACGACAGGCCGUUUUUCUUGUUCCACUCCUUCGCUCAUGUGCACACGCCCAUGUUUUCGGCGGCGCACAGGACGGGCGUCAGCAAGCACGGAAGCUACGGCGACAAUGUGGAGGAGAUGGACGAGAGCGUCGGAGCGCUGAUGGACGCCCUCAGGGAGCUCGGCCUUGAGGAUAACACCAUCGUGUAUUUCACAUCAGACCAGGGCGGCCACCUGGAGGCCGUGGAUUCUGAAGGAUACCGCAUCGGGGGCCACAACGGUCGCUUCAAGGGAGGGAAAGCAAUGGGAGGAGCCGAGGGAGGCAUCAGAGUAGCGGGUAUCUAUCGCUAUCCAGGGCAUUUACCAGCGGGCACUACCCUCGACACCCCAACCUCUCUCAUGGACCUGAUGCCCACCGUGCUGGACUUAGCAGGGCUCCCUCCCGUGCACGACCUCGUCCCAAGGACACCUCGAAAGGACCUGGAUGGAGAGAGCAUCGCUGACCUGCUUCAGGGCGAGAGCCGCUCCCCUGCGCAACCUCCUCGUAUUUUCCUACAUCACUGUCGCAAUCAAAUUCAUGCUGCCAGGCUUGUUACAGAUGGCCACGUCUACAAAAUGUACCUAUACAAGCACAAGUGGUUCCCGGGGAGCACGCAGUGUGGCUGGGGACACACCGUGGGCUGCCACUGCACUAAGGACAAGAUGCAUGACCUCACCGGACAGCCUGAACUCUAUGACCUUGUUCGUGAUCCCUACGAGGACCAUGACCCUAUCAGCCCGGAAACGGAUGA